AUGACGUCGCUACUGCAGAUGGGCAUCUUUGGAGAUUCGAACUCACCGUUCGAUGAGUGCAUCGAAAAAGUCACGGCGGAACAUCUAACGACAGAGAAUUGGGCAAUGAUUCUAGAUGUAUGCGACAAAGUGAACAGCGAUCCUCGAGCUCCAAAAAAUGCUAUUCUUUCCAUCAGAAAGAGGUUGAAUCACCGAGACCCUCAUGUGGUUUUACUUGCACUGUCUGUGUUGGAUUCCUGUUGGAGCAACUGUGGACCAGCUUUUCGUAAAGAGGUUUCAUCUGCCAGUUUUAUCAGCGAACUGCAAUCAAAGGCUGUGCAUAGCACCCGCUUAAUUGCCGAGAAGACAAGAAUGAUGAUCCAGAAGUGGGUUGAGAAUGAGUGCAAAUCAGAUGCAUCUUUGUCGUUGGUGGUUACUUUGUACAAAAACUUAGUUGCUGAUGGACAUUCUUUUACAUCAAACGAGCCUAAGAAGUCUACCAUCGCUCGUGACAUCGAAGCCGAAGAAGAAGACGCUUUAGCGAGAGCCAUUGUUUUAUCACUGCAAGAAGCUGAUAAGGAUCCUAAAAUGGGUAAAACAUUCCAGUCAUUGAAUUCUACCUCUUCUGCAGCUACUAAUGGCACAACUAGCAAAACGAAUGAACGUACAGUGCGUGCUUUGUAUGAUUUUGAGGCUGCGGAAGACAAUGAACUAUCCUUCGUUAGUGGAGACCUAAUCACUGUAACUGAUGACAGCAAUCCUAACUGGUGGUGUGGUCGGAUUGGUGUUCAGCAAGGUUUAUUCCCAUCAAGUUUUGUGACUUCUGAUCUGUCUGAAGUGAAGCCCGAAGAGGUGUCCACAUCUGCUGCUGUUCCAGCUCCAGCAGUAACGACAAUAGAUGAAUCUGUUCUGUUGCGAUGUAUCCAAAUGUUAGAAGACUGUGAUCCCACCGGCGAGACUCCUGAUCCACCGGAAUUGUCAAAGAUUGAACAAGCUUCACUUGCUCAAGGCUCUCUCAUAGAUGCUCGCUUAGCUGCUAUUGACUCGCAAGUCAACGCACUUUCUCAGGUCGAUAUGGCGAUUCGAGAUGUUCUAGCUUUGUAUGACCAGGCAGUUCAACAAGCUCACUACCAGGCGUCCGUUUACCAAACUCCGGUUGUUAAUCCUGGAGUAGUACUACCCGCUCAAGCUGCGGCUGUAUCAUCAAAUCCGGCUUACCAAACUUCCUAUGUGAAUACUCCCCCUCAAAGUCUUCCUGUUCCUUCAAAUGUGCAGGUUCGACAAGAUACUCAGCCCAAUUACACACAAUACACACCAGUUCCUCAACCUGCCUAUCAGCCGCAGCCGCAGGUUCAACCUGAUUGGAACCAACACGCAGUGCAACACCCAGCGCAUAACUACUAA